ACACGAAACCUGCACUGGCUGGGGAACUGCCGACUGAUCGCCAGCGGCACGUGCGGGGCGCCGACGCCUCGCCGCAGGGUGCGGGUGCCCGCGGAGCCAGCCAGCCAGAGAACCAGCAGGAGAGGAAAAAGGGUGGGCGCGCGGGUGGGCCCGGGAGGCGGAGACCUUCGGGAAGCUGGGGCCACGCGGCGGUGCAGGCGACGGGACUGCAGUGCCACCUCUCCCGAGAAACCCACACGCUCGCACGCCCGCGCGCGCACGCACGUGCACACGGUGGGCAGGGAGAAAACGAGCGAGAGUCUGAGUGCUGGGCGCGUUUUAGCGAUGGCUUCUGCUCUCAACAGCAAAAUUAACCCGCCCGGGACUUGCCAGGGCUCCAAAGCCGACGGUGGCGCCGGCUGGAGAAUGGACUGUGAUCCCGAGAUGCACGUGAAAAUGUGCAAGAAGAUCGCCCAGCUCACCAAGGUGAUUUAUGCCCUGAACACCCGCCAGGAUGAGGCUGAGGCCAGCAUGGAGGCGCUGCGGGAAGCGCACCAGGAGGAGCUCCAGAAUGCGGUGGCAGAGACCAAGGCCAGGCUCCUGCAGGAACAGGGCUGCGCAGAAGAGGAAGCCCUUCUACAGCGCAUCCAGGCCCUGGAGAGCGCCCUGGAGCUGCAGAAGAGGCUGACGCAGGAGGCGCUGGCUGAGUCGGCCUCGUGCAGGCUGGAGACGAAGGAGAGAGAGCUGAGGGUGGAGGCGGAGCACGCCGAGCGAGUCCUCACGCUCUCCAGGGAAAUGCUGGAGCUCAAGGCUGACUACGAGAGGAGGCUCCAGCACCUGACGAGCCACGAGGCUACCCCGCAGGGCCGGCUGCCCCAGGAGAGCCCUGAAACCAAGUCGGAGCCAGGCCAGGGCCCGGAGAUGCAGGAGGUCCUGCUAGAGGUGCAGCGGCUGCGAGUGGAGAACCAGCAGCUGAGCAAGGACUACGCCCGCAAGGCCGAGGAGCUGCAGGCCACCUACGAGAGGGAAAACGAGGCCAUCCGGCAGGCCAUGCAGCAGUCGGUGAGCCAGGCCCUGUGGCAGUGGCAGGAGAAGGAGUCGGACCUCCGCAAGAACUUCCAGGUCCAGGAGUCAGCCCUGCAGGCUCAGGUCCGGAAGCUGGAAGGAGACCUGGAGCACAGAGGCCGCAAGAUAAGUGACCUGAAGAAGUACGCCCAGAAGCUGAAGGAGAGGAUUCAGGACCUGGAUGUGCAGCUUAAGGAGGCUCGACAGGAGAAUUCAGAGUUGAAAGGCACUGCAAAAAAACUUGGAGAGAAGCUGGCUGUUGCCAAAGACAGAAUGAUGCUGCAGGAGUGUCGUGGGACACAGCAGACAGAUGCCAUGAAGACUGAGCUAGUUUCAGAGAACGAAGUCCUGGGGGGAGAGAAUGACUUGGAAGCCGGCAAUCUUCAUCCUCAGCAGGAUCAAAGUUGUCUCAAGGAGUGCCCUUGCAUGAAAGGAGGCACAGAUAUGCAGACCAAGAAAGAGGCAAGUGCUGAGACAGAAUAUAUGAAGCAACAAUAUGAAGAAGACCUUCGUAAAAUCAAACAUCAGACAGAAGAGGAGAAGAAACGUCUCAAAGACCAGCUAGUGAAGCGACUAGAAGACUUGGUAAAGAAGCACACCGUGGAAAUCAAAUCCGUUCGCUCGUCCAUGGAGGCUGAAAGAAAGAAACUGCAGAAGGAAGUAGAAGCACAGUUGGAGGAAGUGAGGAAGAAAUCAGAAAAGGAGAUAAAGCAGCUGGAAGAAGAGAAAGCAGCCCUUAAUGUGAAGCUCCAGAAUUCUCUGCUCGAGGUUUUAAGGCUGGAAGAAUUUAUCCAACAAAAUAAGACACGCCCCACAGGAGCUGAGGAAAGUACCCAGGAAUUAGGCCGCCAGCACCGCAGCAUUCUGGAGACCCAGGAUCCAUGCUUGAAGCUGGAUGAAACUUCGCCGAGAGGAGAGGAGUAUCAAGACAAGUUAGCAGCUGAAGAAGGAACCAGCAGUGAUGAAGAAGAAAGGACCAAAGUGCUUCUCAAGGAGGGAAGUGACCCACAACCUCCACUGGGCUCUUUGUUGAAGGAGAAAACAUCCGAAAUCCAGCGUCUAGAGGAGGACUGGCAAAGCCAGAAGGCCAAAUUGCAAGCCCAGGUCUCACAGAUGCAGCAGGCUCUGGAGCAGUGCACCAGCAACUACAGGGAGGACCUGCAGGCACUCAAGCAGCUCUCGGACCUGGAGAGGGAGAAGCUGCAGCGUGAGCUCCAGGACACCACUCAGCAGAACCACGCCAUGAAAGCCCAGCUCGAGGCUUCCCACCAGAGAGCCCUGCGCAUGCUGGAGAAGGCCAGACAUCAGGAACUCAAGGCCACAGAGGAACGCUUGAAGAAGGAAUCCAGCCACAGCCUCCAGAUCCAACACCAGACACACCGACUGGAGCUCCAGGCCUUGGAGGAAAAGGCCAGGCAAGAGCUGCAGGAGGAGCGUGAGAGGAUGCAGGCACAGCAGGCCCUGCUGCUAGAGUCGCUCAGACAGGAGCUGUCAGAGCAGCAAGCUGCCUGUUCUGAGCACCAGAAGGACUUGGAGGCACUGCAGGCCGAGCUGAGGGCUCUGGGCAGACAGCAAGCCAGCAGCCAGUGUCCAGGAGACAGCAAGGAUCACAUAAUCGCCACAGAGGAGCGGGGCGGCCCGGGCCAGGCCGGCUCCCCACCGGGCGCUGCUGGGCAGGGUUCCGGCGAGGGAUGCGGGCUCUGGGAGGAGAACGCGCAGCUCCAGGACGCGGUGCGGCGGCUGCGCGCGGAGGUGGAGCAGCAUCAGCAGGAGGCGCAGAAGCUCCGCGACCAGCGCAGGUUCCUGGAGGAGACUCAGCAAGCCCAGCGGGCCAGGGAGGUGGAGACACUGCGCCAGGAACACCGGAAGGAGAUGCAGGCCAUGGUGGCAGAUUUCAGUAGUGCCCAGGCCCACCUCCAGGCCCGGCUGGCUGCCCUGGAAGCUGAACUGAAAGAUUCCGGAGAGAAGCCAGGGAAGGGAGCGUCCAGGCCCGAGGACCUUCAGCUCAUUGGCCGCCUGCAGACCCGCCUGAAGGAGAGAGAGGACAUCAUCAAGCAGCUCACGGAAGAGAGAAGAUUUCACUACGCAGCAUUCCCCAGUGCCAUGCCCCACCGGAAUCGGUCUUUCUCUUUCAAUCCUCACCCGGGAUAUUUGACCCCUUCCAUGAAGAAAAAGAAGGUGGAGGAUGUGCCCAGCCGCGUGGUCAGCGUGCCGAACCUCGCCUCCUAUGCAAAGAACUUUCUGAGUGGCGAUCUGAGUUCCAGGAUUAAUGCCCCUCCAAUAACUAAAUCACCCAGCUUGGACCCAAGCCCCAGCUGUGGCCGGACUUACAAACCCAACCAGUCUACAGAUGCAAAAACUGCCACAAGGACCCUAGAUGGUGAAACGGCCCAAGCCAAAGAAGCCCAGCAGAAACAGGGAUCUCCGCACCAGGAAUGGUUCACCAAGUACUUUUCUUUCUAAGCUAACCUUUGGGAUACAUCACAGAGGAUACUUGAAAAACAUUUAUUUUAAAUCAUCUGAUUGAAGGAAUGAACUAACACCAACCAACCAAAUAAUAUGCUUAUAAUAUGAUUAAUAUAUGAUAGCUAAAACAAAUUUUUGCGUUAACACUUCAUACUGUUCUGCCAGGCACAGCAGCUCACGCCUGUAAUCCCAUCACUUUGGGAGGCUGAGGCAGAUGGAUUGCUUGAGUCCAGGAAUUUGAGACCAGCCUGGCCAAUAUGGUGAAACCCCAUCUCUACAAAAUAUACAAAAAUUAGCCAGGCAUGGUGGCGUGUGCCUGUGGUCCCAGGUACUUGGGGGACUGAGGCGGGAGGAUCACUUGAACCUGGGAGGCAGAGGUUGCAGUGAGCCAAGUUCGAACUCCUGCAUUCCAACCAGCCUGGGUGACAGAGGGAGACCCUGUCUCCAAAAAAAAAAAAAAAAAAAAAGAAAAAAAUUGUUCCAUGGUGACAGUUCAUUACAAAUAUCUUGACAUUAAACCAGUGUUAUUAAAAGUCAUCUAUAGGAAAAUGUUAUUAGCGUUACUAAUGACCCAUACCUUGUAUUUCUAGUGUCCAUAACAUCAUACUCCAUUUUGUGGAAUAUCAGACUUUGUGAUUUCCAUGAUCUACUUUAAAAGUGGUUGUACUUGUCCUUAGGAUGCUAGUCAACUCCACUGGAAAGCUGUUUCUAUGUAAAAUGAUCCAAUUCCAAAAUGCACAUCUAACCUCAAUAGGAAGACAAAUAACAGUUAAACAGGAAAGCCACCUAAAAACAAACCAAACCUACCAGAAAUGGAUGGUAGCAUGCUUAGACUGAAUACUUUCACUUCCUUGGUCUAAGACAAGCAGCAGAUUAUAGAUGGGAUAACACCCACCUCUAAAAAGGCUUUACAAGGAUUAAGCAAGAUAACAUAAAUUAACAUGAAUUGGAAUUAAGUACCACAAGGUUUUUCUGUAAAUAACCAAUCCUAUAUAGGUCUCAGUGUAAUGACCAUAGUGCCAACAUGAUCAUUUGUGAAGGUCUCUAGAUUAUCUGUUCUUUGAAGUCAAAGAUCUUCUAGACUGGGCACAUGGCUCAUGCCUGUAAUCCCAACACUUUGGGAGGCUGAGAUGGGAGGAGAGCUUGAGGCCAGGAAUUUGAGACCAGCCUGGGCAACACAGCGAGACCUCCAUCUCUACAAAAAAAUAAUUAGCCCAAAGAAAACCCAGCUACUAGGAAGUCUGAGGUAGGACAGCAUGAGCCCAAGAGUUCGAGACCAGCCUGGGCAAGAUACUGAGAUCCCAUCUCUACAGAUUAAAAAAAAAAAAAAAAAAAUCUCCUGAACCUCUGGUCUUUGGGUUUGAGCCAUUUGCCUCAUGGUGUGUUGCUUCUUCACUGCAUGAAUUCCCAGUGGAUUAAAGGAACCGGAAUGGCUGUUCAUGGUGCUGACCUUGCUCUCAGUCCACACUGAUUUGUCUUACCUUCUGACAGAGCAAUGUGAUUUGACAAGACUCAAUACAACUUUUAGGGGGCAAAAUAUUUUUUCAGUCUUUGGUGCUGGCCCAGAAGGUGGCCCACAAACCAAUGUUAAUUCUAUGCAUUGUCAAAUCUUUGCUCUUUGAAUAAAACUUUGAACAACUGGGCAAUAAAAAUGGUUGACUUGUAUUGAUUUUCCACAGAAAGGUAACAUUAGAUGAAGACAGCUUAGAAAUAGAAAGUUCAGUUCACAUUAACCUCAAUCACACCAUCUUCAAAAAAAAAAAAAGCUGAUUACAUAUUAUAACUGUCAAACUUACGUAUUAAGGUAAAUUUACUGCCUAAUCAAAACGAGGCUCCAAUACAUUUUUAAAUGCAAACACUUGUCACCAUACGUUAACACAGCAUAUUGUUUUUCAUUACCAAAUAUUUUUUGUGAGUUUCCCGCUUAGAGUGUCUUAGUUCGUUCAGGCUGCUCUAACAAAAUAUCUUACUUAUACUGGAUAAUUUAUAAACAAUAGAAAUAUGUCACUCACAGUCCUAGAGGCUAAGUCCAAGAUCAAGGCACCAGCAGAUCUGGAGUCUGGGGAGGGCCCAUUCUUCAGAGAUGGGUGCCUGCUACGUGUCCUUACAUGGUGGAAGAGGCAAGAGCGCCUCCCUGAGCCUCUUUUGUAAGGGUACUUACCCUACUCAUGAGGGUGAAGCCCUCAUGACUCCAUUGCUUCCCAAAAGCCCCACCUCUUAAUACUAUUACAUUGACAUUAGGUUCCAACAUAUGAAUUUUGGAAGGGACAUCAACAUUCAGGACAUAGCAGUGAACACUGUAGGACUGCUCUUUAUUUUGUGCUUUCAAAAAGACUACAUACAGGUGGUUCUAUUUUUGUGUGUUGAAACACUUUCCCAGGCUGCACUUUGCAUUUCUGUCCUUAAACUCAGCAUGAUCCCUGGGCAAGGAGAAAAUUUUACUAGUUGAGAUCGUACAUCGGUUUUGACUCCUUUCUUGCUGCAGGUGACUGAAAAGAUCUUUCAGUCUUAAAUUUCUAAAUUCUACCCUGCAAUGAUUAUAUCUUUGUUAACAAAAUCUUUGCAUGCUUCCAUAAUUUUUUCUUGAGGCCAUAUGCCUCGGGUAUUGAAGUAAGGCAUUUAAGGACACAAGCUUUUUGUUUGUUAUUACCAAACUGCCAUUCAGAAAGUUUCUAACAAUUUACACCCUUACCAGCAGUAAAUGAACCUGCUGUGCCCUAACACUAUUGACAAAGAAAUACAAUUUGAUAGAUAAAACAUUCUAUUUUAGUUUGCAUAAUGAUUCCAUCAAUCUCUCAACAGCAGAGCGGUCUAGAGAUGACAGUGAUGGCGUACAGGUGACAGUGGAGAUGAAGAGAAAUUAUCCAAUUCGGGAUUAAGUUAGGAGAGAGAAAAAAACAGUAUUUGAUGGUAAAUCUCUUCAGGCUGUAUUAUGACAGGGGUGGAAGAGUUAACAUGUUCCUGCAGCAAAACUGAAAGGAAUACUAUCUGUUCCACAUGAAAGCAAACUGUUUUGUAAUUGGGGUAGGUAAAAAUGGAUUCACCCAGUCAAUGGCUGCACACCACAUACCUGAGCCCUUAACUGCUCUAACACUGAUGUAAUAUCCAACCCAACAUUUGUGAUUGAGGCUACUUGGUUAAUUUUUCUCCAGGAUCCAUCUGGAUUCUGCAGAUGAGGCUGGCAAAUUAAAUGGAACUAUGAUAGGGACCAUCUUACUGUAUCUGUCAGAUUUCCAAGGGUAGCACUGAUCUUUACCGUCACCUCACCUCCACCCCCAGGAUGCAGUACUGUGUGUUUAUUUUUGAGACGGAGUUUUGCUCUGUCAC